AUGAGUUUAUCAAAGAGACCAUUGUCUGAGGAAAGUGGGAACCAAGGUACUAAGUGGAGACGUUCUUAUAGGGCAUGUGUGAAUUGCAGGUCAAGAAAGAUUAAAUGUGAUUUAGGCCCACUUGAUAAUCCACAUAAACCUCCAUGUGUAAGAUGUAAGAGAGAACAAAGAGAAUGUAUAUUCCCAGUAACUAAAAGAAGAGAUGUUACUGCAAAAAUUAAUAACAUGAAAGGUAGUGAACUUGAAAGAUCUAUAAUAUCUUCGAUUUUACCUGAUGUAGAUAAAAAAUCAUUGAAUGGAGGCGGUUCUGCAGGUUCAGAUUUAAAGCAAAAUAAUAUAAGGAAAAAACCGACUGAUUCGAAUUGGCAAUCUGACAUCUCUACAAUGCAGACUGCUUUAGAGUUUUUGGCUAAUGCAGUGGGGGUUAUUUCAAAGAGUGACACGAGAAGUCUAUUAAAUUUAAAUCAAAAUAAUACUUUAAUUGAAAAUGAGGACGCAGAUGAUAGUAAUCCAAAUAAUGACAAUAGUGAAGAUGUUAGUAGAAGCGAUUCAAAUACACCGAAAAGUAGAAAUUCUAUUUUCUCUUUAAUACAUGAUGAUACUGCUUCAAAGGUAAUAUCUCCAUUGAUGGGGACUAUUGAAUCAAUUCGUCCUAAACCAACAAGAAAUUUGUCAGAUAUUGAAUACAUUGGCCCAAACAAAUUAUUAACUGAAGAUGAAGCUAGAACACUAAUAAAUGUUUUCUUCUUAACUAUGCAUCCAUAUUUCCCAUAUAUUCCUUUACAAUUACAUAAUCCAGAUGAAUUGGUGCGGUAUCCAAUUUUAUUAUGUGCUAUUCUGACUGUGUCAUCAAGAUAUAAUUCAUUUAAUGAAAUAUUUAUCAACAACGAAUAUGAAAAAGAUAGAAAUAUCGUUGUCCAUGAAAAGUUAUGGUUCUAUUGUCAACGACUUAUUUCAAAUACUAUUUGGGCAGAAGCCAGCACCAGAUCAAUUGGUACUAUAUUGGCAUUUCUAUUAUUUACAGAGUGGAACCCAAGAGCAAUUCAUUGGACCUGGUCUGAUUAUGGUAAUAAUCCUGAAUUAACGUGUUUUACGAAAAAUAAUGAAAAUAAUAUGUCUGAAUUUAAAGGUGAGAAGACAACAGGGUUCGAAGCUAUGAGACACAGUGACAGAAUGGCAUGGAUGUUUACUGGGAGUGCUGUCAGGCUAGCUCAGGAUAUGCAUUUCAUUGACAAUAAUUAUAAAAUUUUUAUGGCAACACACAUAUCUGAAACAUUCAAUGCAAUGAACGUUAACCAACGUUCUACUCUUUCCGACUCAUUAAGUAAUAUCAACUUAUCAAUCACCCGUAGUCAUGGUAAAAAUAAUGAUGAUGAAGAAGGACAUAUAUUUGCAGAAAAUUUUGGGAACGAACAAUACUACUUAGAACAAAUACUAAAGCAUGAUAAAAGUAAAGAAAAAUGGAUUAAGUUUUUAAAAGAGAUCAAUUCAAAUAAAUCUAGUGAAAAUUCUACAGUGAUUACCGACGCUGAAAGAGAAUAUUUGAAUGAUGAAUACAUCCUAUAUUACCAAAACAACAACCCUGAAACACAACCAACUUGGGGAAACCAUAGUGUAACAUCCACUUCAUUACCUUAUCCUUUAAAGUUCGCUAGCUUUCAUAAGGCUAAAAUUGAAAUUUUGAGAAUCAUGUCUAUAGCAUAUGAGACCAUUUAUUCUGCUAAAAAUAAGAGAGUAUUGGCCUUCAACAAUCAAAGGCAAAAUUUAGCCGUGUUAAGUAUAUUUUCUCCAUUGAUUGAAAGUUGGUAUAGUAAUCACCAUGGCCUAUUAAAACUAUUCGAAUGUGCACCUUGCGACAUGUCUAAAUAUAAAGAUAAAAAUACAGUCCAGAAACUUUCACAAGCGAUUGAAAAGGAAAGUUUGAUAGGAGAUUAUUACUACUGCCAGCUAUAUAUUUACUCAUUGGCCUUGAAAGUUGAUAUAAAGGAUAAUAAUUUGAAUUUAAGUGAAAUUACAAAGAGUGCAAAGUAUGUUUAUAUGGCUUACAAUGCAGCAAAGGAGAUAUUGACAUCUGCGGUCAGAGUCAACAAGCUAAAAUUGUUAAGGUAUUUGCCUGUUAGAUGGGUUACAAGAAUCCUAAGAUCUGUUGCGUUUAUUGUUAAAUGUUUCUUGCUUUUAACAGAAAGUGAAACUUCUGAGAAUUCUGAAAUAAAUGCAAUUAUAAGGUUAAGUGGAAUACCAGUAGAUGAAGCCUUAGAAUUGAUCGAGACCACGUCUGUCACGUUAAAUGAUGCUUCCCCUGAUGAGUUACAUCUUUGUAAGAGAUAUUCAUCCAUCUUGUUGUAUAUGUGCAAAGAAUUGAGGAAUAAGACACAAAACCUUUAUAUGAACGAAGGUGUUGCAGCUAAACAAGAAAAUGCAGAUGUAAAAGUGGGUAACAAAUCAUUGGAAAAUUUAAGCAGUAUUGAAAAUUCUCAAGAGCCAAUUGAGCCAUUUAUAAUGAACGAACACCCUCAAACCGAACUUCCAAUAAAUACAACAGAACAAAUUGCCAUAGUUGGAAACGAACAUCAUGGAAUUGAACAAACACCAAUAUUAAACCCAAAUUCAAUGUCAUUCCAAGGUGAAGUCAUAGAUUGGUUUUCAUCAAGUGCUGAUAUUGGUCUAGAAUUUGUUGAAUCUUGGACAGAAAUGAUAGAACAAAUGUAUUUGAGAAGUAGUGAUGGGGAUCAAAACAUCCAUGUAAAUAGUUUAUUUGGACAUAUGGACAGAAACUAA